ACUCCUGAGCUCUGUCAGGGCACUAAUGCCGCCAGCACUGAUCCCUAAUCAGGAAAUGUAGUAGGUUAUUCCAGUCGGCGCUCGCGGGUGCUUUGUUCACUCGACGACAGGGCCUCGUAUAAGUAUGCUGUUGAUCCCGUGAAGAUUGUGUAGAAUGGAAUGGGUCUUGAGGUCAGGCAAGUGAUGACCCUCGCCUGUAUUCUCUUCGACUAAUCAAUCGUUUCAACAUGCGUAUCUCGUAUGCCUUGAUCACAUUCGUUACCUCAGGGAGCCUAGCUCGCGCUGCCCCUGCCAAAGACCGAACUCAACAACACGCCGAGCACAGGCGCCAGCUGGGUACGAGUGCUGGAAAUAUUGAAAAGGAUGCGACAUUCGACUAUGUAAUUGUUGGCGGUGGCACCGCUGGUCUCGUGAUGGCCAACAGGCUGAGCUCCCAGAGCGGAGUCAGCGUGGCUGUCAUCGAAGCCGGGACGUUUUAUCAAGUCACGAAUCCCAUCCUCGGUAACACGCCAGCUGGCGAUGUGAUAUUCUCUGGGUCAAGCCCGCUUGAUACCAACCCACUCGUUGAUUGGAAUUUCGUCACACAAGGGCAAGCGGGAGCCAGCAACCGUAAGGUCCACUACGCUCGUGGCAAGUGCCUUGGUGGCAGUUCUGCUCGUAACUUCAUGAUAUACCAGCGCGGUACAGUCCAGAGCUAUCAAAAGUGGGCGGAUGCCGUCGGGGAUGAGAGCUACACCUGGGACGCGCUCCUCCCGUACUUCAAGAAGAGCGUCAAGUUCACGACACCUAGCUCUUCCCGUUCCCCCAACGCUAGUGCAGAAUACAACCCCGGUGCCUUUUCUGCUGCAGGAGAACCACUCGACGUCUCAUACGCAAACUAUGCCCAGCCUUUCAGCGCUUAUCUUGAGCCGUCUUUGAACGAGAUCGGGAUCUCCCAGGCCCAGGAUUUCAACACCGGCAAAGUGAUGGGGGCCCAGUACUGCGCUAGCACCAUACAGCCCAACUCCCAGAAACGCGAAUCUAGCCAGACGUCCUUCCUCGACGAGGCCAUUGGCCGCAGCAACUUAAAGGUCUAUCAGCUAUGUCUUGCCAAGCGAAUCCUCUUUAACAAUAAUAAGAGGGCCACAGGCGUUGUAGCCACCUCCAACUUGGGCCUUGGUACUUUCACUCUCCAAGCCCGCAAGGGGGUCAUCUUGUCGGCGGGUGCCUUUCAGAGUCCUCAGCUGCUCAUGGUAUCGGGCAUCGGUCCCAGGGAUCAGCUCGAAAAGUUCAAUAUCCCCGUCGUUGCCGAGCGGGCUGGUGUUGGCAUGAAUAUGGAGGACCAUGUCUUCUUUGGUCCCACGUGGCGCGUCAAAGUGCAGACCCUGACCCGUCUCGCCAACGACCUGAUAUAUACAGCGGCUCAGUAUGCUGGCCCUUACGCCCUCCUGAAGCAGGGCCCGCUCACCAACCCGAUUGCCGAUUUCCUUGGUUGGGAAAAGACACCUCGUGACCUCAUCUCCGCCGAGGCCGCCGCGGUUCUCGAUAACGAGUUCCCCCCAGACUGGCCUGAGAUCGAGUACUUGUCCGCUCCAGGCUACGUUGGUGACUUCAACAACCUUCUCACUACCCAGCCCAAGGACGGCUAUCAGUAUGCCACCAUCCUCGGCGCGCUAGUCGCCCCUCUUUCCAGGGGCACUGUCACCCUUGCCUCCGCCGAUACCCAAGACCUGCCUCUCAUCAACCCCAACUGGCUCACUGAUCCGACUGACGUGGCCGUUGCGAUCGCGACAUUCAAGCGUAUGCGCCAGGCGUUCGCUAGCAACUCCAUGCGCCCCGUUCUAGCCGAUAACAAGGAGUACUUUCCCGGCCCCAAAGUCGAGACGGACGAGCAGAUCCUCCAAAAUAUCCGAAACACCGUCAUGACGGUUUGGCACGCUAGCUGCACUUGCCGUAUGGGGAAGAUAGACGAUCCCGUGGCUGUUGUUGAUAAGGAUGCCAAGGUCAUUGGCGUUGAUGGGCUUAGGGUCGUGGAUGCCAGCAGCUUUGCGUUGCUACCUCCUGGACACCCUCAGAGUACUGUCUAUGUCUUCGCCGAGAAAAUCUCAGCCGAGAUUUUGGCCAGUGCUUAGGCGUUCUACCCCUUGACAUCAUAUCUGUCUACAAGUGAUGUUUUCCAAAGUCAACAGGUCACCGUCCCACAGAUUGACGGCGUAAUGAUCCCCAAGGAGCAUUGGAAAAGGAGUAGAUAGGUGUUAAGUAGUCAGAAGGACUUUUUUCCAUGUGACGAUUACGCGAUGGCUUUGCUGAUAUUCAAGACUUUACGGCAAGACUUUACCGGAACUUUGGCAUGAACGAAUAUAUAGCUACGGUAUUUCAUCGAUUGCGUUUGAACAUUUAUAUUGCUUGCGUGAUUGUGGAUGACCGUUGAAACUACUGGAAUAGUCCGCCAGAUCCAGCAAUCGGUCCGUUCUCAAUGAAGGAGAG